AUGUCAACAAACAUGUCUACCGACACACAGGCCAGCCCACAGCGGUCUUUCCUCAUAAUCGCCCUGGCUCAUACCCAAGGAACAUUUGAAACACGAUUUAUCGUCCUCCUACGUCAAAUCCGAUCAAAAGCACUAGUUAAAAUUAUCUACGACUCAGAGGAAGCUUACACUACAAUCAGACAGACGCAAGCUCCAACCACCAUCCUCAUCGCAGACGAGGCAUUGACUCUCCCAGAAUACUCUAUGCUGCGCGUCUGGAAGAGGGUCCAGUCAUUCAUGAUCCGGGGUGGUACAUGCAUCAUUAUGGGCGACUUCGCCAGCAAAGUCGAGUACACCCGGGUCAGGCCAUUCUUUGCCGGCGCAGAAGUGCCCUGGAAUGCAGGUCGACGAUAUCAGCAGGGCUUAAGCAUCAAUGAGCAAGGUGCUGGGCAAGCCGUGGCGAGCAAGAUUACACCAUAUAUUAGCUCUAAAGUCUGUCUUACUAUUGAGAAUGCUGGCUUGGACGAAACAUGGUACACUGUUGAACAACAACACCCCAAUGAAAGCAUUGAACCGGAGGAGUCGCCGGUUGCAGUUGCUGUUAUUGCAGGUGCGGGGCGGCUUGGGUACGUGGGUGGUGUGGCUGUCAGCGCAGAGUGUUGGAGGACGAUUGUUCUUGCCAUGUGCGGGAUUGAAGCUUAA